AUGAUAGAAAAAAUUGACUCUGAUACAGAAAAGAAAAUCAAAGAAAACGAAGCAAAGAGUCGAGCAGAAGUUCUUGAAAUGAUAGGGGAUUUACCAUUUGCAGAAAUCAAACCACCAGAAAAUGUGUUAUUCAUUUGUAAAAUGAAUCCAAUCACAAAUGAAGAAGACUUAGAAGAAAUAUUCAGAAAGUAUGGUAAGAUUAGAAGUGUUGAAAUCAUCAGAGACAGGAAAACCAAGAAAUCACUAGGAUAUGGGUUUAUUGAAUUUGAAACAAAAGAAGGGUGUGAAAAUGCAUAUCAAAAGAUGGAUAAUGUCAUUAUUGACGAACGUAGAAUUCAUGUUGAUUUUUCACAAUCAAUCGGAAAAUAUGGAAUCCAAUACGAUUUCAUUCAUAAACACAAUAAAUGGAUUAAAGUAAAAGAGAAUGACAUUCGUAAGAGAGAUGGAAAGAGACAUAAUGAAGAACCAAAAGAAAAAAGAAGAUUCGAUAAAUAA